AUGACGAAUACGACGACGAAGAAAAGAGUUGUCGAUGAAAGAGAGACUGCUUUCGCGUUCCUACGCAAGUGCGGUUACGUAGAGGACAACGUGGAUAACUCGUUAAUAUCCGAGAGCGCGUUGAAUCACGCUGUUUUGCUUUUUCAAGAAUUCUAUAAUCUACUCAUAGAUGGUGAAUUAAACACGGAAACAGUGCGCUCAAUGAAAAAACCGCGUUGCGGAGUUUUAGACAUCGAGACGCGUCACACAAACAAGGAGCACAUAUACAAGUGGCCGACAAAUCAUCUCACAUGGAACUUUCUGUUUGCCUCUAGAGCGAAUCUACAAGUAGCGGAGGCAGCGUUCGCGCUGUGGGCAGCGAAUUCCUCGCUGACGUUUACACGCAGCAUGCACAUUCUAACACUCACUGAAAAUCCAUCGAAUAAGGAUUAUCUGUUGCUCACGCUGACUCAUGAAAUCGGACAUGCAAUAGGAAUAGAGCACAGUUCACACGACAAUUCGGUAAUGUACGCGUUUGUACCUGUUAAACAGUGGCCUGUUACGCUCAGCCUGAAUGAUGUUCUGGCUGUGCAAAACCGUUAUGAACCUAACCCGGAUGCAUCUAAACUACUACCGGUCUCUACAUUUGUCCCUCCGACAAUUGCACCGCCAACAACGACAACGACGGCGCUGCAGCCGCCGUCGCUGCCGCGUAAACUCAAACCUCUACCGCCACUUAAGAACGCGUGCGAAAUGCACAAUCCCGACCAUCCGUCCCGGCCCAAAUAA